AUGAAGAUAAGUUACGUUGGGGCAAAUAUAAUUACUGCCUUUGGAGGGGGGGCACAGAAUGUAACUAGCGGUGAUGGUUAUGGUGACGUUGAAGGGUCAGCAGCACAAUGUCCUCGAAAAGUUGUAAAGUAUGCUGCCUUUUUAAAGCUUUUCAUGUUUGUCCUGUUCAUGUUGUUAGCGCAGGUUUCGUACGAG